CGUGUAAGUGCGCUUAUUUUAUCGUCGGCUUUUGGAGUCCACGUCACAAACCAUAGCACCAGAGAUGCUACCCGUUCUAGCUUCUUUCGAGGUAGAGGAGUACGCAGGCAGCCUAAACGGUGUCUUCACAAUACUAGAAGUGCUGUUCGGCAUCCUUUUGUACUUCUUGAUGGCGCGCAGCACGAUGACGACGAAGACAGAAACGUUCUUAUAUUCUGUCAGCUACGCCUACGUCUUCAACGGAAUGCAUAUCCUCGUCUCGGGAUCUAUUUCCCUCUAUUCCGCAUAUGUGCUGGAGCACAUUUUCUACUAUGAAGCAUUCCUCAUGUCCGCAACCAUCACCUACGUCGUAGGCUCAACAUUGCUGGUCAGAGAGGCCAAUAUGGUAACUUUUCGUGCGAUCGUGGGCCUCUUGGUCGGAAUUAUCCAUGCCGUCCACUUCAUAGCGACUUUCUUAACGUUAUACAUCACGAAAUGACUCAAGUUAUGUUGUUCACUAUAUAAUUUGUAAAUAAAUGCGUUCGACGCAAUUGAG